AUGUUCAGGGGGCGGAAGCUUGUUAGAGUUGCGUGUGCUGCAGUAAACUGCGGCGUAUCUGUUUCCAUCGUGACAGCCAUUGCACGUAACCUGAACCUGAGUCUUGCAAACUAUAUCGGGAGUGGUAAAUCUCCGGGAGGUACCAAAUGUGAAGUUGUUUUGGACGCGGUAUCUUACCGUGGAGGCAAAUCAGCAACAUACACACAUCAAGUGCCGGAAUCAGAUCCAAUAGAUGAAGUACCAAAGCCUGCGUUGCUGCAAGUCUGCAAUCAGGCAGUGCCGAUCUGGAACUGGGGAUUGCCGAACACCCCAGAAGCGACCGCUGAGAUGGGCUUUCCCUCCAAGACAAAGCCGGGCUCAUUCGUUGGCUCCUCUGCAGAGCUAUCUCGGGAUCAGGAUCGCGACGGUUCCAUGUCGAUCUCAACUCAACUCAACUCAACACCAGCAGACCUCCUCUCAAAUCCAUCCAACUCAGACCGAGCAGAGAUUUCAAAGAAACUCCUUGCUCUUGGGAGCGCACCUCUAUCUACUUUUUCGAAUCCUGCCACCGACUACGACGCCUUUCAACCCCCAACCUUACCAUCUACUCAUGUCGAGGAAGAUGUUGAAUUACAGGAAGACGAAGAAAUCAUACAGGGCUUGAACUCUACCUCUGCCCACCAACUACAGUAUGCCAGCGUGGCGAAACUCAACCGAGCUGCCCAGCGGGCCUUUGGGUCGUCCGUUCAUCAUUUGAAUUAUGAUUUCCUGGAAGAUCAGGGUCCCCGACGCAAGAAAUGCAUAUUGACAAUAACCAAGCCUGACGGUCAGAAGAGGAUAUACACUACUGAACCCGUGUUCGCCCGUAAAGGAGAGGCGAAAGCGAAAGUAGCGACCAUCGCUAUUCAACAUGAUGCUUUGCUCUUUAUUGCGGGCGGGGAUCCCGGUACCAACUCACUGCACAAUCUCCGCCUAGUCAACGCCCCGGACAAAGAACGAGGGAAGAAACACACUGAUCCCGCAGCCGCCGCCGCAGUGGAUGGCAGUAGUGGAUUAGUGGUUCCUGCUGGUGAGACGAAGGGCCAAUCGGAACAACUUCUUGUCGUUGACCGAUCUGAGAAACUCAAAGAAGUCGACGAAAUAGACAAAUGCUGUAAGGAGUGGCGUGCCGACCACGUUCGACCUGACUUCGUUAGAACUACAGAUCCAAAGACGGGACUUCAUGGUUGCGCACUUCGCAUCGCUCUUACCCCACAUCUGAAGAAAGUGUUUUCUGUCCGGACGGCGCAUCAGGACGAUGAAGAUGCGAAAGCUGCGGUUGCAAAAGAAGCCGUUGCCCAAGGUAUCCUCGAAUUCAUCAAACACGGGGAUGGGCAACAAGAACCUAUGCCAUCAGCGGCAGAAUAUGCUCCUCCCGAAUACCUUAUGGAGGGACCGGAUGAUCCAUCCUUUCCGGCAACUCGCCAAGCCUCCGACAGGGUCGCAAAGGAAAACGAAAUGACCAAGAUCCAAACGAUCAACACAUUUUGGGACGCCCUUCCCAAACCGCUCCCGGCCCCUGGUGUGGGUGUCGGCUCUGGGGAUUUGGUGGACCCGAAGUCAUGGGUCAAUCAGAUGCUGCAGCAGAACAAAGGCUGCCAGCUGACAUUGACUUUCUCAUGGUCAAUGCAUCCACGAUCUGGUUUGCAUGGCUGCGUUUUGCGUCUAGAUCACCCUUCUUUGCCUUCUAGGUCCUACAUGGUCGAUGCAGUGUUUUCCAAAAGACAAGAAGCGAAGACUGCUGUUUGCCUCCAGGCUAUAUCCGAAGAUGUCGGGGAAUAUAUUCGCUCGACAGGGAUCAAGUACAAUGAGAGUUUGACGAAAGAUAUGAAAGAACAAGCAACAAAGCUAUAUACUGUCAUUACACAGGAUUUAUCUCGUACAAAACCAAGUCAGAGAGCAGAAUGGGAGUUCAUCUGCGAGAAUCAAGUCUUCGGUUGCAACCUCACGGUACCAAUACCAAUGGAGAAUGGCGUCUCCAAACGAACUUAUAGGACAAAAAUGGAAUACCGAAGUCGCGGAGACGCGAAGGCAGCCGUCGCCCUCAUGGCCGUCAAUCAAGGUGUGCUAGAGUUGAUCCGUUUUCGCGGCAAGUCGCCGCCGGCGGACUACAAUAGAGACACGUUUGAUUGGAGGGUCCAUAUGACGAAGAAGGCUGCCGAGGCUGUGGAGGCCAAGAGAGCGGCUGAUGCUGCUGCAAGGGUAAUCGCCGAAGAAAAGAAGCGACAAGCUAUUGCAGAACGACAAGCGGCUUUGGAGGAACUCAGAAGGCAAAAUCUUGAACUUGAGGCGAAGCAGAAGAUGCUGCAGAAGCGAAAGCGUGAACUUGAGGACGUGGCUCUUGAGUCCUUGGAGCAUCAAAAACCACCUUUGUCUGAUGCUGGGGUUGUUGAUGGUCACGGCGGUGAGAACCCGUUCAAACGACCGAGGCAGAACUUUGAUUCAAGCCGUAUGAGCGUGGACCCCGAGUUUCGGGGGCGUAUUCCCCCUCAAUAUCCUGCUUCCUGGAAGGGAAAGUUUGCUCAAGCGCAGUCUUCGCAACCUGUGCUUGGUCGGCAUCAGCGCCUUGGAUUUGACCCUCAAGCAAUGCGUCGUGGUCUAGACGAUCCAUAUGGGCCCACGCCGUAUAGUCGUCCUUCAGAUCGCGACGUAUCGCAGGAAGGUUAUGCAUGGACACCUGACCAGCACAUUCCCAGAGGACCUAGUAGCCAACGUCUGGCUCGUCCUCAGUUUCCCUACCGCGGCGGUGGAAGGUUUCAAAACUGGGGUGUAAAGGGUAGGGAUGAAUUGGGUCGUGAUUUUAAUCGGUCUGCUGUGCAUCCCAUGAUUGCAGAGUCGCGUUCGAACCCGGCCACGGUGUCUCUUAUGAAGAACCAUCAUACCUUUGUUAACCCUGGCCUGGAGAGACGGCAGCCCAAUCACCCUCCGUAUCAAAACCACUUCGCCCCUAUGUCCGGCUUCGCGAAGCAUCCGUAUCAUUCUCAACCAAAACUCCAGCGCACACUUCAGCCUUCUGGUGCCGAGCGUCCCCUUUCAGAGCAGGAGAUUCUCGAUGAACUCUAUGCUGCAUAUCCUCCUCCCCCACAUGAGCCUUCUCAGCAUUCCAACGUCCCAGAUCAGGGUCCCAGGACAUACCUCGAUCUCGACGCAGCACCCAGUGGCGAUUCUUAUCAUGAUGAUUCUUUGUAUGGAAGUCCGGGCUCUACUUCCAACCAUAAUAACAGAUUCAAAAGCGGUGUCGUAUCUGCCGCUGGGUCUUCGGGCUUAGAUGCAAACCCUACAGCCUACGCGAGCGGGGCCGACCCGGACAAACAACUUGAUUCUUCAGAUCGCACUCGUGCACAUCUGGGAGCAUUUGAGUUUGAUGAUGACUCUAUUCCGUUCUCCUCCUCUGCAGGGCCCCCUAUGGAGGCGGUGCAGGAACCUAGUGUAACUUCUGUUACUGUCCAAGUAGAUGUUUCUGAGUCCACCCAGCCCAGUGACAAAUCUUAUCUGAAGCAGCUCUUCGAAUUGUGUAAGGAAGCUGGUAAACCUCGACCCGUGUUCCACUCUAAUGCGGUGAACACCGGAAGAAGUGUUGAGUACAGUAUCUGGAUCGUGAUGGGGAAAGAGAGGCUCGAGUUACCCGUAACGUUCCCUGACCUCAAAACUGGCCAGGAAAAACUCAGCAAGCAGGUCGUAGCGCAUCUUCACAGGACUCUGAAGAAAGAUGUAUGAUUCGGUCGCAUUUAAUUUUUUUUUCCAUCUUUGAGGCUCAUCCCACUUCAAUUUAAUAUUGACCGCUGACAUCCUUCGUUUCACACCCAUGUGGCACCAUUGGGUUACCCUGCCCCUAGACACCACUCCAAUACUCUCAGUAUUUCACCAUGCGUGUAUUCACACCUUGAUACCAUCUUGCAAUUACCAGAAUGGGUUUGCUUCUCUUUG